CUUCAGUCCUUAGAUUUCCUCAUAGGAGCAAACCUCAGCAGAGUCACUUUCUUGCAGGUGAGAAAGAACAACAUAACAGUAGUCAAUGAGACAAUAAGUUGCGUUCUUUCCCUGCCUUGACAUACCUGGACAUGCAAGAUAAUCAUUUUACCUGUGGCUGCAGCAAUGCUUGGUUUGUCCAGUGGAUGGAGAACGACAAGCAAACACAGGUUGUUGGCUCCACAGAGUUUACCUACAACUAUCCUGCAGAGCUAAAGGGCACCAAGCUGUUGGAUGUUGAGCUUCAGUUCUGUACAGUACACUUAGGACUUUACUACUACAUCUCUUCCACUUCUCUGGUCCUCCUCACCCUGAUAGCAUCCUUUGCCUACCACUUCCUAAAAUGGCAGGUAAUAGACGGCUAUUACCUCUUCUUGGCUUUCCUCCAUGACACCAAGCAAAGGAAUAAGCACAAGCCUCGUGGAUGUCAGUAUGAUGCCUUAAUCUCCUACAACGUCUAUGAUGAGCCCUGGGUCCUGAAGGAGCUUCUGCCAGAGCUGGAGGGAGAGCAGGGCUGGAAGCUGUGUCUCUACCACCGGGACUUCCAACCAGGCAAACCAAUCAUAGACAACAUUAUGGACGCCAUCUACGGAAGCCGCAAGACCAUCUGUGUGAUCAGCCACCGCUACCUGAAGAGUGAGUGGUGCUCCCGGGAGAUCCAGGUGGCCAUCUUCCAGCUCUUUGAUGAGCAGAAGGACGUCCUGAUUCUGGUGUUCCUGGAGGAGAUCCCAACCCACCAGCUGUCACCCUACCACCGGAUGAAGCUGGUGAAGAGACACACCUACCCGAGUUGGCGCAGAGCUGGGGAGCACACCAGGGUCUUCUGGCAGCAACUACGGUUGGCUUUAGAGACCAAGGAUGGCCCUGCUGAAGAAAAUCCCAUCCUCUCUGGGGUGGAGGCACUGUGACUGUGACUACUUGAUUUGAAACAACCAUCACAUUCUGAACCUUUUCUUUACAUCUGCAUGGGAAUAUCAUUAAGAAAUGCUUAUACAUAAUUAGCCAGUUCAUGAUCACAUUUACCUGUAAGACUUAUUUUUGCGGGUCAACAUGUAGAAUUACUCAUCUGAAUGUAUUACUUGAUUUUUUCCUGUAUCUUAAUUAUCUCAUGAAUGAAUGCAAUAUAAUCAUACUAUUUCAGUUUCUUUUUAUCUUUUUAAUUCAACUCAUCUCUGUCAUACACAAAUGUUCAACAAAAAUGUGAUAAAAUAUUAUUUGAACCUUAAAAAACAUUGUUUGGGUGACUUGUGAGUUGUGGUGUCAAGUUAAAGUAACUGCCAAGUGUUUCCAGAUUUCUAUGAAAUAUGUCCUAUAAUUCAUUCCAAUAUGAGAUAGUUUUCCUUCCACAUUUUUAAAAAAUGAAGUAUGAUUAAAAUGCAGCUUUUCUGUGUUGGAAAGGAUGUGUGGGUACCCCAACACAACAGAACGGUUUUGGCAUAUACUGAUCAUUACAAAUAUGAAUGCGAUUAGAACACUGAUAAUAUCAUCCUCUAUGAGGAAAUAGCAAGCAUUUUUGAAACGGUCUGUUUGAGAUAAAAAAUUUACCUGGGAUUUCGGAAGUGUUUUUUCUCAAAUGUAUGCUUUGGCUACAGAAAA